AUGGCCUCGCAUCCUGUGGAUAAGUACGCUCCUAAGCUGGUCGAAAAAGCCGACAAGCUACAGUCUCGGCUUACUAUGGACGAUCACUCCAAACCAGCUGGAGGAUACGAUGCGACUCCGAUUCCUCAUGCGCCGCCGGGCUAUACCGUCAAGUUCACCUUUCAUCGCGGGGAGGAUCUCCCCAUCGCGGACUUUGGCAGUUUUUCCUCCGACCCGUACGUGUAUGCGCAACUACAGGUGGAUUUACCUCGGCGUCAUAAGCAAGAUCCUGUAAUGAGCUUCCGAUCGCCGACCGUGCGCAAAAACAUGAAUCCCAUAUGGAACAGCGAAUGGAUUGUCGCAAAUGUUCCGGCCUCGGGUGGUUUGCUCAAGGCUUAUCUGAUGGACGAGGAUCCGGCGGACCAUGAUGAUAAAUUGGGAAUCGCGUUCAUUGAUGUACCCGCGCUGGAAGGUUGGAAAGGAUUCAAAGAGCAGCCUUUCAAGGUGAAAAAGCGCUUUGGCAGCAAGCGAGUCUAUGUGUUCACCAAUGUCUCCGCGUUUGCCACUGGUCACCAUAAGGAGUCGUUCUUGAUUAUGAGCAUCGAGUGUCUGGGUCGAACCCCGGGGACCGACGGUGGCCAGAUGUAUACUCUCGGCCCAAAUUAUUGGUUCAAGCACUUCUCACCUCUCUUUGGAAGACUGACAGGGACAAAGGAUCAAGUCAAGGCUCUUGAUGGGAAUGGCAAGCCCAUCAGUCGAUAUAACUUCCAAGCCAUUCAGAUGCAGCUUCGCGGUCCGGUUCCCGCGGAAUUGUAUCAUCGCUAUGUUGAAUUCAGGCCAUUUGUGGCAGGCAUGUUCCAAGCGCAAAGUCUACGGGGCCGAAUCCUACAUAAAGCUCUGCAUCAUCAACAUCAGCGUAUCUAUAAUUUUGACCGCAGCACUCUUGAUGGCACAUUUGCCGAACCGUGUCGCGAAUUUACGCAGAAGUUCUUGGAAUUCACCAGUUGGGGUCAAAACGGGCGGAUCUUCACCUACGUGAUCACCUUGGACGGGAAAUUUCGAUUCACGGAGACAGGCAAAGAGUUUGGAAUCGACCUUCUGAGCAAACAUACGAUGCAUAGUGAUGUUUCGAUAUACAUUGCGUACUCGGGAGAAUUCUUUGUGCGACGGAUUGUUCAUCGUCAUCAACGGCAGUCUUCUUCGUCCCGCACAGAGACAGCUGAGAACGACUUCCCAGUGGAGGAGGAUGAGAUGCCCCAGGAGUUGCUGCAAAAUUCAACAGACCCAUCGGACUACGAACUCUUCAUUGAUAAUGACAGUGGAACCUACCGGCCCAAUUCUGAAAAGUUACCCCUUCUGAAGGAGUUCAUCGCGUCCAACUUUCCGGGUCUGAAUGUUAGCACUCUUGACUGUCAAGGGGAUGCUGAGCGAAUGGGCCAGAUGAAGAACGAACAACGAGAAGUCAAAAAAUCCCAAGGUCAACUCGUCACAUACCUCCAACAGAGUAGUGUUUCAGACCUUUCCAUCUCUAGUUCGGACGAGGAGAAGCUGGAUGAACGCAGCGGCGAGGUUCCUCGACGAGGGGGCAUGCACCGGAAGGUGCAUGAGAUGCGUGAUGUCAAAGGUCAAAUGAUGAAAUGGGUCGAAGCCGAUGGGCAUGCUAAUCGUCCGAAGCACCGUUACUCCAGUCGUGAGCGGGCUGCCUCGACUGGUGAAGUGCGCUCCGCCACCACCCCAUCUGAAGCCAAAGCGGCUGCCUGA